ACGAAACAGGCAAGGGAGGACCAGUACGAGGAGAGAGAGAGGCAGAUACGGAGGUCCACAGACAGCAGCAGCGUGCAGAGUGCAGCAUGCAGAGUGGCCAUUGACACUGCUGUUGGAUUGAACACACAUGCACAGACACACACACCCCUGAGGAGUGUAUGAGACAUGCCCAGGCUGCUGUCCAUGGACACACACACACUGGCAGGGCACCAGAGAGGAAAUACAGCAGACCCCAGAGCCUGAGGAGCUAUGGAGAGCAGCAUGUUCUUUGGUAACACAUGUCAAAAUGGCCUCAUGCCUGCCCUGGUGCGUCCCACCCUGCCUGCCGUCCAGACCUCACUGGGCAUGAAGCAGUUUCUCCCUUUUCCAUUGGAUACAGCCUCAGCGGUCCGCCUCUUCCCAGGAUUCAACACGAUGGACCCGGUGCAGAAAGCCGUCCUCCAUCACACCCUCGGCUUCCCUCCCACUGCAAAGAGGAAGCACGUCUUCUGCAGUGUUUGCCAGCUGAGGUUCAACUCACAGAGCCAGGCCUUGGCCCACUACAAGGGGACCAAACAUGCCAAGAAGCUAAAAGCCCUGGACGCUCCGAAGAGUAAGCUCAAAGGCUCAGUGGUCACCAAGGAAACCGCAAACCAGGAGAUCGCCAAGGGCAUCAACAGCCUGCAGGUCCCCAACGGCACCGACAGGAAAGAUGCCGUUCCUGGAGCAGCGCCCCUACCGCUAUCCCCUGUGCUCAGACUGGCACAACCUUUGGCAUCCUUGAUGACCCUUACAACGCCAACGCCGGCACCUGUGGCCUCACCGAUAGUCCCGAGCACCACGGCAGCCACAGCCCCAGAGACUACCUCAGCUGCUGGAGGGGAUGAGAGGCUGUCAAAGCUCAGCUCACCCUCAGAGCCAGACCUGGAGCUUGAGGCUGAACCCGAGGCGGUGAAAGACACAGAAACAGAGGAGGAGAAAGCUCGGCGUCUUCUGUACUGCUCGCUGUGCAAAGUGGCGGUCAACUCGGCGUCGCAACUGGACGCUCACAAUAGCGGUACGAAGCACAAGACGAUGCUCGAGGCCAGGACUGGCGUGGGUUCCAUCAAGUCUUUCCCCCGGCCGGGAGUCAAAAGCAAACUGCCUACAUCCCCCAAAUCAUCAACGGGUUUGCAGAACAAAACGUUUUACUGUGAGACGUGUGAUGUGCAUGUCAACUCAGAGACUCAGCUAAAACAGCACAUCAGCAGCCGGCGUCAUAAAGACCGAGCAGCAGGUAAACCAGCCAAACCUAAAUACAGCCCCUACAGCAAACCACAGAAAGGCCAGACCAAGCAGCCGAUAAAGUUGUCCCUGGGUAAGGAGCGCCAGUGUCAGCCUCUGACUGCGCAGAUCAUACCUGCUCACCUGGCGGCAGUGGCAGCAGCAGCUGCCGCCGCCCUAGGCAACACUUUCACACACCGCACGAACCACACCACUCACCACGCCCCGACCCCCGCCUUCUUCCAGACACAGACCCUCCCCGCUGCACUGCUCCGCCCAGCCCCUGGGCCUAUCAGGACCUCCCACCCACAAGUCCUAUUUGCCCCAUAUUGAACUGUUUGACCCGGGACAUUCCGCACCACCUCCUGUCAAGGACCAAACCAUGUGCUUCACCCAGGCAAGGAGUCCAGGAGUCGUGUCAGUAUCUAUACUCCUUCUAUGCAUCCGGGAUACUGAAGAUUUUCUCACCUCCCCUUGUACGGAUUAUCCUACAUUUAAACUAAACCGGACUGCAGCAAAGCAUUGGGCACUUUCUCAUGAUGGAUUUAUUUCUCUAAUCCCACUGGAAACUUGGGCUACAGUAUAUAUGUUUUCUGCGCCAUCCUGCAGGCCAUAGCUCAUACCCAGACCCGGACUUGGACCUUCAUUGUACCGCAAUAAUGUAUAAGACUAACCCCGUGAACUAUGCAGUGUCAUUAUUUCAUGAUGCAAGGCAAAGUUUGAGCUAAAAAGACAGUAGGGAUAUGCUUUUUGUAAAGAUACAGCGUGGCACUAAGAUCAUUGCUUUAGUGGAGGAUUACUGUCGCUCAUAAUUUAAAAGGCUGUUACUGAUCAUGAGAGCGAGCAAGGCCCUCCUCUGUUCCUGUAUGCACUUUAAGCCCCUCCUCUGUUGAUGUCUACAUUAGAUGGCUAGACUGUGUUAGAUUGUUAGAGUACGUGUCGUAAUGUGUGUUUUUGUAUUUGUUCUUGCAUAUCUGUAUGUGUGUGCAAGUGUGUACUUACUCGUGUGCGUGUGCUUGUCCAUGUGUGUACGAGUGUGUGUAUUUGUGUGUGUGUAUGUGUGUGUGUGAGAGCUUCCCAUCCACCAUAAGCCAUCCUAGUCGAUAUCCAGCACACAUUGUCACUGACCAUGUCUCGGGCCAGAGGGACCAUAAAGGCUUGUGUAUAUUAACUGUCAGUGUUUAAAAGGUGAACAAUUUCAAAUAAAAGAGUCCUAAUUUGUUAA